UUUAUUAAAACUCCCACAACUACGUUCAUCUACCGAUACUAAAGGUUUACGGCGUCUUUAUGAUCAAAUCGAAGCACACGUGAGAGGGCUAAAAUCGUUAGACGUGCCAGACACGGAAUACGGAGCGUUGUUAUUACCGAUUUUAAUCGGCAAAAUACCCGACGAAAUACGCAUUUUACUCGGUCGCAAAAUGACAGGCGAAUCAUGGAAUUUGAAUACGUUACUUGAGAAUUUUCGCGAGGAAUUGGAAAACCGGGAAAGAUGCGAAGGAAUUCAAGCUUUAUCCUUUAGAGACGGUCGAAAUUUCAACGAACAACGAGGAGGGAGAAAAUAUUCGAACACGCCAUUUACGGCAGCAGCGCUAAUGACGGGGAAGACAACUAUUAACUGUUCGUUUUGUCAACAAGAACAUACGUCAGCUAGUUGUUUUGUUGUUACGGAUAUCGAAGCAAGAAAACAGAUCUUACGAAAGCAAGGACGAUGUUUUUUGUGUCUCAAACGAAAUCAUAUUGCUCGGGAUUCCGAAUCAAGGUAUAUGUGCAAAUAUUGCUCGGGAAAGCAUCAUGUUAGUCUGUGUAAUAAUAAUUCGAGACAGUCCUUAGCAACAAAUUCGAGACAGUCCUUAGCAACAAAUUCGAGACAGUCCUUAGCAACGAGACAAGAAUCAAAUUCCAGACAGCAAUUAGGAAAUGUACAAGAUAGUCUAGCCAUAGCUAAAGAACAAACAACACAAUCAAGGGACACGAAAGACACAGGAAACACGAAAGAGACCAGAAAUUAUCACGCAUGUUUACAAGAUUCAGUCUUAUUACAAACAGCCAAGGCGAAAGUUGGCGUUGGAAACAAGAAGUUGACCACUGAGGUAAGAGUUAUUUUUGAUUCGGGCAGCCAGAGAAGUUAUUUAACCCAACGAGUGCGAAAUAAGUUGCAAUUGCCCACAGGAAGUACAAAAUCUUUACGAAUAAAAACAUUCGGAGAAUGCGAAACUGAACUAACUGCUUCUUGUGAGACAGUGAACUUAGCAGUUGGGGACAUUACUGGUAGAACUAGAACACAAGUAGAAGCAUUUGUCGUGCCAGUGAUUUGUGCACCGCUAGGAAAUCAAGAAAUUGACCGAGCCCAAGUAGAGUACAAACAUUUGAGUGACUUAAACUUAGCUGAUAAUAAUGAAGGGGACGGUGUAGCAGAGAUAGAUUUAUUAAUUGGAGCUGAUCAAAUCGGUAAAUUUUUCACUGGCAAGAUAAGACGGGGGGAGAAUGCCAAUAGUCCAAUCGCAAGCGAAACAAUCCUGGGAUGGGUUUUGUCAGGCCCAAUGCCAUCAAGAAAGAAAACUACUCUGUCUUCUGUGAACUUUGUUUCAACUCAUGUAUUGAGAGUAGCAGCCGAAUUGCCAAGUGUGGAGAAUGAAAAACAACCUGAGGAGUUAUUACAUCGUCUGUGGGAUUUAGAGUCAAUUGGUAUAACAGACAAAGAGACGGUGCAUGAGUCAUUUGAAAGAAACGUAUCUUUUGAGAAGGGUAGAUAUCACGUUAAAUUACCCUUGAAAGAAAAACAUGAUAUUUUACCGGACAAUUAUGAUUUAAGUCUAGCACGAUUAGACUCGCAAGUGAAACGUUUAAGGCAAGAACCCAGUCUAUUUGAGGAAUACAACCAGAUAUUUAAAGAACAAUUAAGUCAAGGAAUUGUUGAAAAGGUUGAAGAUCAAAAUGAAGACUCAGUACCAGGCACUACACACUAUCUCCCACACCAAGCAGUGGUACGAAAAGAUGCAACCACUACAAAGGUGCGAGUUGUUUACGAUGCCAGUGCGAAAGUUAAACCAAAGUGCCCAUCUCUGAAUGAUUGCGUUCACACUGGACCAUCUCUGGCUACAGAUAUUCUAAAGGUUCUUUUGGGUUUUCGAGGACGAAGAAUUGGAAUGGUUGCAGAUAUUGAGAAGGCAUUUCUCAAUGUUGCUAUUGAUGAGGAACAAAAGGACAUGAUGCGUUUCUUGUGGAUUGAUGACAUAAACAAGGAAAAUCCAUAUGUUGAAGUCUACCGCUUCUGUAGGGUUAUUUUUGGCAUGAAGUGCUCUCCAUUUCUCCUGAACGCAACAUUACGUCACCACAUUACGAAUUACUAUUAUGAUGACCCUAGCUGUGCAGAAAGGAUUCUUUCUGAGCUUUACGUUGAUGAUUGGUCAGGAGGAGGAGAAUCCACGGAUGAUGCAUAUAUAAUGUAUCGACAGAUGAAAUCUUGUUUCGCAGCGGGCAAUUUUAAUCUGCGGAAAUGGGCUACCAAUAGUCCAGUAUUGAUGCCUCAGAUUCAGAAUGAUGAGGAAGUAUUAAAGUCACUAACCACAGAGUAUUUGAACAACACCGGUGAAAGUUCAUAUGCUAAAGAGUCGAUUGGCGGUCUGGAAGAAAUAGAAACCCCGAAGGAACAUAAGAUGCUUGGGAUGAAUUGGGAUACUGACAGUGAUACUUUUGUUUUAAAGUUAGCAAAAGUUGUUCAAUUUGCAAGAAAUUUAGAGCCGUCAAAACGGAACGUUUUAAAGAUAGCAGCAAAACUGUUUGAUCCACUCGGACUUCUCUCGCCAGUUACUGUCUUGCUGAGAAUGCUUCUACAAGAAUUGUGUGCAGCUAAGUAUGAAUGGGAUGCAGUCAUAUCAGAAUCCAAUCAGAAGGUGCUCGAGAAAUGGAUUGAUGAUUUAGAGACGGUGAGUUCUAUAGUUGUACCUAGAUAUUACUUUUUGGCAGAGGAGAGGCAUCCUGAAAGUGUGACUCUUCACGGAUUUGGAGAUGCUUCCCAAAAAGCUUGUUGUGCUGUCAUUUAUAUAUGCAUGGAAACAGACAGUGGCCGCACAACAAAUCUUGUUGCCUCGAAAAGUAGAGUCACCCCAUUAGCACCAAUGUCUAUCCCUCGACUUGAGUUAAUAGCAGCAUUGAUAUUAGCACGUCUCAUGUCAGUUAAAGAGACUCUAAGCAAAAUCUUUAACAUCACGGAGACCACUUGUUGGACGGACAGCUCCACUGUCCUUCACUGGAUUAAGGGUAAGAAGGAUUAUAAACAAUUUGUACAAAACAGAAUCGACGAAAUUCUACGAUUAACUGAUUCAGAAACUUGGAGAUUUUGCCCAGGUUUAGAAAACCCAGCGGAUAUUGGUUCUCGUGGACAGAAGGCCUCAGAACUAGCACAAAAUGAUUUAUGGUGGAAAGGCCCGCAAUGGUUAACACUUGAUCCCUCUGCAUACCCAAAUCGUGAGUUUGCACAAAGUGAUGUAGAACUCUCCGAAGAGUGCAUGAAAGAAUGUCGCGUUAAAUUACCUACCAAGGGGAAUACCACAGUGGUUAAUGUGACAAAUGUUAGUGAAACACAUCCACCAGAAACAGUCGGUUCAACAAAAAUCUCAGAGAUAAUAGACCACAAGUCUUACAGUAGCGUAACCAAGUUGUUUCGUGUUACAGCGUGGGUUAAGAGAUUCAUUAGAAAUCUCAAAACGAAGAAAGCCUGUGGUAAAAUUGAUCCAUUGUUAAAGCCAAAUACACUCACUAUUGAGGAAAUUGAUGAUGCAGAGAAAAUUUGGAUCAGAGAAAUACAGGAACAUGUGAAGAAACAGAAGAAUUACCAAGAUCUGACCAACCAACUCGGACUUUAUGCAGAUAAAGAUCACAUUAUCAGAUGUAAAGGAAGAAUGGAAAAUGCAUCUACUGACGUGGAAACAAGGAGCCCAAUUCUCUUGCCGAGAGAUCACAGCAUUUCUCAAUUGAUCGUGGAGUCCUGUCACAAGAAAGUCAAGCAUGGAGGAAUAAAAGAGACACUAACAGAGUUAAGGAGUAAAUAUUGGAUUCCAAAAGGUCGUCAAUUGGUGAGAUACAUUCUUAACCGAUGUGUAAAGUGUAGGAAAGUCCAUAGUGUACCAUUUAAACCGGUUAAACAAGCCAGUUUACCAGAACAUAGAGUCAAGGAAACAGCAGCCUUUACACAUGUGGGGGUCGAUUUUGCUGGACCUUUGUUUGUAAAAACUAGCGACCCUAAAAAGCAGAUGAAGAAGACAUAUAUAUGUCUAUUCACAUGUUCUACCUCAAGAGCUCUACAUUUGGAACUAGUACAUGACUUAUCAACUACAGCUUUUAUUCGAUGUUUAAGACGUUUUAUAGCAAGGAGAGGAACUCCAGUAUCCAUUACAUCGGAUAACGCUAAGACCUUUAAAAAGGCAGAUAAGGAACUUGCGGAAUUGUUCAAAGAUAAGAAACUGGAAGAGUUCUUGACAACUGUUAGGAUCAAAUGGAACUUCAUAUUGGAACGUGCCCCAUGGUGGGGUGGAUACUAUGAACGUAUGGUACAGUUAGUUAAGAGGAGUCUACGUAAAAUACUCGGAAAUGCGAGAUUAACAUUUGAAGAGUUAACCACGGUGUUGACAGAAGUUGAGGGAUCACUCAAUUCUCGCCCAUUGACUUACGUAUAUUCGGAAUUGUCUGAUGGAGAACCAUUGACACCAUCACAUCUCGUAAUCGGAAGGCGGAUAUCAACAUUACCAGAUCCAGAGGAAUUUAGUGACAGUGAGGAAGAUAGUAAUGCAAUUGUACGGAGACAACGAUACUUGAGUCAAUUGUUGCAGCACUUCUGGAAGAGAUGGAACAAGGAGUACUUAGCUGAUCUACGGGAAUUUCAUCGAAAUAUUACAUAUACCAACAAUACGGUUCGGGAAGUAGAAGUUGGGGAAGUAGUUCUUGUGCAAGGAGAAGGUCUACCUAGGAGUCAAUGGAAGAUCGGUAGAGUUGAAGCUUUGCUUAAAAGUAAAGACGGUGAAGUACGAGGUGUAAAGUUACGAGCGUUGAAUAAGAAAGGGAAACCAAUCGUAUUACGACGUCCAAUUCAAAAACUUGUGCCAUUAGAGAUCAAGGAAGAAAGAAAAAACGAGGACAGUAAGGAGUCAAAACAAGAUGCAGACAUUCAGAACGAAGAAAAACCAACAAGACAAAGGAGAAUAGCGGCAAUAAACGCAGACUUGAAAAGACAGUCCAUGAUUGACCAGUUGUGACUGGUCAAGGGGGGAGUGUGAGAUAUUGUUUAUUAAUAGACAUUUAUAAAUAGGACAUUACGCACGCGUCAUAGGGGCGUGGACUAUAAGACAAUAGGUUGUUGUUUUGGGGAUUUUUACGUUGAAGAAUCGAACUAAUGAACUAGAGUCUAGAUUCGAAUUGAUAUUAAUGAGAAAGUCUUACUACGGAAUAUAAUGCAUCUAAUUGAGCAGUCUAAAAUAUAUUACACACUGUACAUGACCCACAUUUCAAAUCCAGUCUUAAUAUUGGUAAUAACACUGGGAGCGAUUAGUUAAUUGAUAGUCGAAAAUUUGGGGUAAAUUUUCUCUCCAAAGGAAUGCCUGUGUAUUGACAAGCACGAUUAUCAGUUGUAAAGUUCAUAUACGUUACGAACAUUUGCUUUUUGGAUAACAGUUAUAAGGGCAGAACAAAAGGUCGUGCGUAAAAAUGAAGCUGGCAUAAAGGCCCAUUUACACGAUACGAUUAGUUGUAUACGAUUGUCAUUCUGACGAAUGAAAACGAGUGCUAAUGCCACGUUUAUAUUGCUCAUUCGCUGAUGGCGAAAUGUGAAAUGUGACGUUUGUACGCGUGUUUAUUCGAUCACAUUACGCCAGAAUAGGAAUCGUAUACAACUAAUCGUACCGUCACAGAAUAGGAAGUUAUACCAGAAGCGUAACUCUAGUCGUUUCCCUUAUUGUUUGACGUCCACGAAAAUUUUAACUCGCUCACGUCAGGCCACGCCAUCCUGACUAGUACAGCCGGAAGUUUUUAUCAGGAUUUGGUAGGUACAAAGUGCCGGUUGUACUAGCCAGGAUGGCGUGAUUGAUGACGAAUCGCUUGUAAAAACGCGGACAAAUAUUUGCUCGAGUUACGCUUCUGGUAUAACUUCCUAUUCUGUGGUACCGUGUAAAUGGGCCUUGACAGAUCCUCGUAACAUGCAAUUAGGGACAGUAAACCAAGAGACUGCUACAUCAUUGAUGACUAUCAAAUUACUAAAAUCUUCAUGCACUUAUACUGUACUCCCUUUUCCCAGAUUGAUGUGAUUGUGUAACGUUCUUAAGCAUGCAAAGAUUGAUUAAGAUGUAAUUUCAUUUUAUCCAGGGUCUUAGCUAGAGGGCCAUGUUGGCCGUGUUAUCACGGGCAAAAAUGGAAAAACACGGCUAGAUAUAAUGAACGCGGCUUCAUUAUUUGUAUAAGGCCGGGUAGGUUCAAAAAAUGAGGUGUUACGGACAUAAUUUCUUCCUAUAAAUAUGUCGUAAAAAAGUUUGUAAAAUCUACUGUAGUUGUUGAAAUUGGCAAAACUUAUCCGUGAUGUUUUAAUGUUUGGACGAUGGAUAUGGUGUUACUGUAAAAUGGUUUUAAAUACCCCCAAGAGUUGCUGAUUGAAAGAACUUAAUUCUUUAAUGUCAGUGCGAAAUAUGAGCGUAUGCUCGCCUUGUAUUUGGUUCCAAAGCAUAGAACAACCACAGGCAUUGUCUGUUGGCUAGGUAUAAAUAGAACCGUGAAUUUGGCCAUUCAAGGUACCGGUUAUUGACAUGUGCAUACCUUGGUCAUUUAGAAACACGCCCAAGAUCUAAAAUCCUAGCUAAGACCUUGCUUUUAUCCCCUUAGACUAACAAAGAUUCGUCAGGUGAACCUAAUGUAAGUAUUUUUAGAGAUUUAAUUAGCUAGCUACAGAAAAUUAAACCAUCUUUCCAUGAAAGCCUACUGUAGUAAGGGUCAUCCCUUAUAAACCAGUAUUUAGUUUGUCUUGCCAUAAUCUAGCCUCCUGCGCAGACGUUGUUAGUGGCCGAGGCCCCCCACCUAACGUCUGCUCACAUUCGCUAUACAUUUGACUUCCCGGCAAUUAACCAGUCACAAUCAUGUACACGAUAAUUGGAACAUCAACCAUCACUGUCCUUCAACGCAUGGGCUAUUUAUAUCAACAAGUCUGCAGUAUUCUUAAAUUUGAAAGUUUUAAUGCGUAUGAGAAGAAGGCUUUCAUUCCAUUGUAAACGAAAAGCAGGAUGUUUUCGUCAAUCUCACAACUGGAGUCAAUGCUGAGAGCGAUGAAGAAGCGAAGGCAUUGGAAGAAGGGAAAUAUUCUGUAUUAUAUGGCACACCAGGCAGAGUCAUAAUUUGUUGAAGACAAAGUGUACAGCAGAAUCGUUAGUGCUUUGGCUAUAAAUGCAUGAAGCUCAUGUCUGUAUGUAUUAUAAUAAAUCCUAAACAUAUAUGUGUUUGCAUUUGUUAUUCUCAAAGCCACAGGAAUCGAUCGGCUUUGAUAAUUUUAAUAGUCGUUAUUUUAUAUUGUCUUGAAUUUUUCUUUUUAUACGUUGCCUCGUAUUAUGGCUAUUAAUAUCUAUUGCAUGUAGUACUAGCAAGUUUAUAUGAGCCAUUCUAAUUAAUAUAUAUACCCCAACCAUCUGAUGCAAACCCUUCAUAAUUGAAAGUCUCAUAUGAUAACUUGCAUGCUAGUACUACUUGCAAUAAAUAAUACGAGGUAAUGUAUAAAAAGACAAAUUCAAUGUAUUAAACAACGACUAUUAAAAUGCCCGAUUGAUUCCUGUGGCUUUGAGAAUUACAAAAGCGAACACAUUUUUAGAAUUUAUUAUAAUACAUACCAUUCUUUAAUCAUAUCAGCUUCAUGCAUCAAUAGCCAAAGCACAAACCAUUUUGUUAUACACUUUGUUGUUAAUAAAGCAUUCGUCUCCACCGUUCUGUCUUCAACAAUGACUCUGCCUGUGCCAUAUAAUACAGAAUAUUUCCCUUCUUCCAUUCCAAUGCCUUCGCUUCUUCAUCGCUCUCGAUUCCACUUAAUAAUGACACAGCACUGACUCCUAGCUUGACGUGUAGUUUUUUUUUACUUGAUUUCGCAUUGCUUUUCGAAGACAUAUCGUCUAUAUUUCUCUUUCGACACACUUUAAAUAAUUAAUAGAUUAAAAUCAUGUUAUAUACAAAUAAAAAACUUUUUACAAUGUUUACAAUUUGUUUAAAUAUGUAAAUCCAAAUAUUACAUCGAAUAGCUUAGGUAACUGCCUGAUAAAUAAGUAAUUUCCUGCGCCAGUUGUGAGAUUGAUGAAAACAUCCUUUUCGUUUACAAUGGAAUGAAGGCCUUCUUCUGAUACGCGCAGUAUUAAAACUUUCGAUUUUAAAAAUACUACAGACUUGUUGAUAUAAAUAGCCCAUGCGUGUGAAAGUCAGUGAAGGUCGAUGUUCCAAUUAUCGUGUACUUGAUUGUGAUUGGUUAAUUGCCAGGAAGUCAAAUGCAAGGAUGCAAAUUACUGUCGGAUAUUCGACUAAAUUUGGCAAAUGUCCGAGGGGUAGGGGUUUGCGAACACAUAUAAUUUGCCUAAAGCUAUAAAGCUGAAUAAAUAUAAGAAAGAAGUUAACUGGUAAAAUGACAACCACAAAUUUUCGCCAUGCUUUUUAGCCAAUCAAAUUGCUUCGUUUGCUGUCCGGUUUUUCACGAUACGGACCGCUCAACCGGACCGCUGCGGAUUUUAAACUUAAAGUAAACAAAAUAAAUUAUACUUUCUAGUGUUUGAAAUUAAGAAGCAAAAAUAUGUAUAGCGAUUACGAAAGCCACAGGAAAACAACGAAAUUUGGAAUGAAGGGGAAUUUUUUAACUCCAAAAACGGUGCCACAAGGCACACAUAGUUGAGUUCGUGCCUCACUGAAAAGUUGAGUUCGAAGUUAUAUGGAGAGAAUUGUAGAUGUAUUAUUAAUAAAAGAUAAACUUUGAGAUAAAAUUCGUUCUUCGAAAACAGUUUGUGGUUGUCAUUUUACCGAGAACUUCUUUCUUAUAUUUAUUCAGUUUAUAGGCAAAUUACAAGUGUUCGCAAUGGUCUGGCAAACAACGAAUUCGAUUAAAUUUGCACAUUUCAGCGUUAUAUCUUCAUUUCAGCGUUGUAUCUUCAUUUCAGCGUUUUAUCCCCAUUUCAGCGUUUUAUCCCCAUUUCAGCGUUUUAUCCCCAUUUCAGCGUUUUAUCCCCAUUUCAGUGUUUUAUCCCCAUUUCAGCGUUUUAUCCUCAUUUCAGUUUCCGCGUUCAGUUUCCGUUUUGUCCGCGAUUCAGUUUCAGCGCUUUAUCCCCACCCAAUGUCCGAGCAACUUUUGCUCGGGAUCACAUAAUCAGAUAAAUUUUUUUGUUGUGACAAAAUCCGAUUGCAAAUUCACUCGAUCAAUUUGCAUUUUGCAAUAAAACUUACGAGGCGUUCUAGCAUUUACUUUACAGUUUACUUAACGUUGCGCCGGAAUGGCAUACAUACUUGUCUUGUGACUUACAGUAUAUAUGUCUUGUGACUUAUAUAUAUAUCUAUAUGUCCGACUAAAUUUAGUUAUGUUGGUUUUUGUCCGACAAAAUUCAAGUUAUGUCCGACCAAAUUAAAAUUAAAUGUGAGAAGUGAAGACCAAAAAUUUCCGAAUGACGAAAAAGAUUCCGAAUAUUUCAUGGCAUGCGAAGCCACGAAGGUGUAUGCUAUCCGGGAAAUGAAGACGCAAUUUACAAACAAAAACACGCAUAUUUUACGCAGACAUAUUACAGAAGUAGGCAGUACUGUGGGAAGCCUUUUUAUUGGAGGUGGGACUGAAAACGAAGGCCCGAGGAAAUUUUUAAAUUUAGAGUCUCUGAAAUGCCAUUUCCUGGAUUUUGGGGAAGAUUUGACAGAAUUCUGAUGGUCAGAAAACAGCGUUUUAGUAUGUCGUAAUUUACAAUUUGCUUACAAUUUAGUAGCGAAGGCCUAUUUCAUUAACUAUAUAUUGGAAAAUUUGCAGGAAAGUAUGAGUAAUAUGAUUUUUUGCAGUAUGUCAUGGAUAAUGUAGCCGCUUAAAAUUAAUCAACUGUCAAUAUUUUAAAGGUAUAUUAUUUGGUAAAGGUCUGCAUGAUUUUGAAAAAAGAAUAAUUUUUAUCAAAUUAUUGAGAGGCUGCAACCCCCCCCCCCUCCCCAGUUGCUGGCCUUGAGAAGAAAAAAAGAACCCGAAAAUAUUUACCGAUUUACCACUUGUUAAAUGUUAUCCAUGUAAAUGCCAUGAUUUCGUAAAUCAUUUUAAACUACUGACAAUACAACUAUAUUUUAUUUUCUCUGUUUAACAACUAAAAUGUUGUUAUACUAUUAUUUCCGUAUUUUCCGAAUGGCCAACCCGAUUUUCCGAAUACUUUAAUUCUAAAAAAGUUGGGGGGGGGGUUAAUCCCGCCCCCAAUACCCCCUCGCUACGGCCUUGCCUACAGUACAUUACAAUUGUUCACUUACGAAGAAUGGAGAAAGUUGCAAUUUCGUAAAAUUAAGAAAAUGCUUUGCUAAUUGCCAAUUAUAUUUUCUUGUUCUAAAGGGUGAAGAGCUGACAGAGUACGAGAAAUAUCGCGACCAAAAUGUUAAACGAAAUCAAUUAUAUAUGGAUGAUAAAUGUUGGGCUGGUAAGUCAGAUACUACAUGUAUAAUGUACUGAACAACGCAAGCAAUUUACUGGUGUGUACCGUAGCUGACACCGAACUUUAGUGCUGUGCAAACUCCGGUUUUUCAACUCGGGCUCCGGCUGCAUUGGUUCACAACACAGUCACAGGCAAUAUAGUCUGGGAUUAUGGCGGAUAUUAUUCGGCUCAAUUUUGUCCCCAAAGUAAGAUGACGUGAUACAGCGUAUUAAAUUAUGACGCUUGCGAUUUACAACUGUUUCUGUGAUAAGAUAGAUCACAGACAUAAUGACUUAUUGUAAUUUCACCAUGUGUAGUAGCCGAAAAUCGCGAGAUGGUUUGACAUAGCAUAUAUGACUUCAGAUUACUGUUUAUGCACUUUUAACAAAUUCAAUGUUGGCAUUGUUUGUAACCAACGCUAAUUAUUCGAAAUUGUCACAUUUCUCUUCAUUCUGACUUUCUGGCCGGAGCUGGGAGAAGGCCCUACCACUCCAGCUCCGGUUAACAAACAAAAACACACGCCCGAACUCCAGCAGAACUCCAGCGCGGCACAACACUACCGUGCAAUCUGUUACAACAAGAAAGAGGACGCCAUAAACUAGUUUACGGUAAAAUUAAUUAACUAACUCAUCCUUAAUACACAUACAGUAUUACAAUGUACUGUAUUCUAUAGAUACUGUAUAUGUGGUAUUCACGUAUGGUUUUCUUUUCUUUAGAUUUCUAAGGAUUCUGCAUUAUUGGUGACGCUUUUCUAUACAAAGACGAAACAGCUGCAAGACUUAAAACCUGACCGUGUAAAAAAUUUGUGUAAAGUUAAAAAAAUUAAAAUUGGCAAAGGCGACACAAAAGAAUCUCUCUGUGUGGAACUAGGCAGAAAACUAUUUGAAGAUGAAGUAGCUAGAAUCAAUGACAACGACAGAGUGAAGUACAAUAACUUAAAACUUAAAAGUGACUCGUAAAAUAAACCAACUUAUUAGCACUUAUUGACGGAGAUCGAGGGUAAAAAAUGCUCCGUACGUUUUAUAGAAAUUUUACGCUUUUUAUGUCAAUAUUUCUGUUUCCAUAUUUUAUUGUACUAUAUUUACAUGCACGUUGUUGCUCGUUGCAGUAAUACUGAUAGAUUUUUUAAACAAAAAGUUUCUAUGCGUUCAUUCUGUAUAUAUUAUAUCAUUUUUCUGAUCAUAUAAAAUUUAAAUUAAAGGGUUAUUGAAUUUAAAUUUGCAGGGUUUUUCACAUUAUAACUGUGUUUUUACCGAAGUUCUCCAUAUUAGCCAUUCCGAAGUUGAUGAGUAGACUGUGGACGAAUGUUAAGAAUUGCCCAAAUUAAGAAAAGAAGGCCACCUCAAAAUUAGUAAGCAUACAAAGUUUGAAGAAGUUUACAUGAAUAUCCUCCGAAUAAUAUAUAGGCUUUCAAAAAUCGCGAUAUUUACUAUGAGACGUAUUGUAAUUUUUGUUUUUGGGACGCGCGUCCGAAAAACAAUCUUUUAAUCACUAAUUUCACAAUUUUCGAAAGCUUAUUAUUCGAAGGGUAUUCAUGCAAACGUCUUCAAACUUUGUAUACUUACUAAUUUUGAAGUGGUCUUUUUAGCUAUUUGGUUCAUUUCUUAAUUUGGGCUUAAUUUAACACUCGUCCCCAGUCCUCUCAUCAACUUCGGAAGGGCUAAUUGGUUUCCUACAGCAUAUUUACAUGGUUCGUUGCAGAUAAAUUUACGUGAUUUCUACAUGAUUCCUUGGAAUUUAAAACUGCAUGAUUUUUACACUAUAUUUACUAGGCUUAUUGAAUUUAAAUUUACAUGCUUUUGACACGGUUCUCGAGGAAUAUUUUACAGGGUUUUUACAUAGUAGAUUUGCUUUUUUGCAGGUUUUCUUUCAUUUACUUUUACAGCUUUUUUACAUUGUUUUUACAUAAUUUGGACAGAGGAAUUUCCACCAUUUUUACAAUAAGUUUCCAGGCAUUUUAAAAUUAAAUUUACAGGGUUAUUACAUAGUGAAUUUGCUUUUUUGCAGGUUUUCUUUCAUUUACUUUUACAGCUUUUUUACACUGUUUUUACAUAAUUUGGACAGAGGAAUUUCCACCAUUUUUACAAUAAGUUUGCAGGCUUUUUAAAAUUAAAUUUACAAGCUUUUGACACGGUUCUUGAGGAAUCUUUUACAGGGUUUUUACAUAGUAAAUUUGCUCAAAGUUUCACAUGGUUUUUCCAGGGUUAUUACAGCCUUUCCGAAAAAAGUGUAGAUAUUUACAUUGAAUUGACACGGAUUUUACAUACAAUUCAAAAAUUUACAUACCAUGUCAAUGUACAUUUUUGUUGGAAAUUUGGUUUUACUGUAAAUUUGCAGUAAAGUUACAUCAUUUUUGCAAAGUAUGUAAAUCAAAUUUUUUUUCCAGCAGCAUUUUCCUUGCGAUAGUAACUUCUAGUUUAAUUAAUAAGGAUGAUAUCGUUGAUUGGUUAUUCUUCUAAUCAACAUUUGCGAGGUAAGUUUGGUCUUAUCAUACUUGUUAUUAAACUAUUGACACUGCCAAGAUUUGCGACACACUUUAUAAAUAUAGUUCAAGUGUAAAAUAUCGAAAAUGACAAGAGCGUUGUAUGCGUUGAUUGAUUUAUACGCCCGUAUUCUAAUAGCCAGCGUGGCCGGCUCUUCUAUAGGGCAGAUAAUUGAAGAAGGGCCUGCCCGAAAGCCUUAGUCAAAUUGAUUACUCUCGGCAGCCAGUCGCCAAGAAUUGUGAUUGGCUGAACUGAUUUACGUUGACGACAGGUUGAUUGACAUGUUAUGCUAAUUUAUUCAAAAAUUUAAAAAUAAAUACAGUAAAAACAAACGGCAUCGCUAUAUUAAAGUGUAAACCUGUCGGCUAAAAUAUAAAAUUCAAAAGACAAAGUGUAAAAUGUAUAACAUAUACCGGUAUCUACACAGAAUAAGGCAAGCCAUACUGCUAUUAUUGCAUAUGUCGUAUGAUUUUACCGUAUGGUCACUAUAGAGUGUGUAUCAAAAUAAUUCGAAUCCAAAUUUGGCGUGUAAUAACGCAGAAUAUAUUUGACAAAUUCGGUUGGUUUUUACACCAUUGUUAAGUUCAUUUAUUUACCUUUCAAAUGACAUGCUGUACGCGUCAUUUAGUUGGAAAAUGAAGGAGUAUUGCUUUGACAAAAAAAGUCCAUAAAAAUCACAAUUUUCCGCCGAUGGGAAUUGGACAUUUUUUCUUUCAAAGUUAGUCCCACAAGGCUUUGAAAUGCUAAUCAUCACUGAAAAAAUAAAUGCAAAUUUAACGCGAAUUUCUUCUCGUUCAACAUGUUGAAGGCAUAGGAGCUUAAAUAUCUUUAAAUGAACACGAAUUUAUGUAAAUUUUGCUACAUAACAGUUUGUUGAUGAAUUCAGUUUGCAUUAUCUUUUGUUUGUACGUCUCACUUCGAAUUCCCAUCGGCGGAAAAAUUUGAUUUCGAGCAACCAGUUUUAACACACGAUUUCUUGGUCAUUUUUGAUCUUAUUGAUAUAAGAACGAUAUAAUCGGAAACCUAAUAGGCUAUUCUUUAUUGCCAUAUAAAAAUUAUAUGGUUUACUUUAGUAUUUUAUAAACAGCAGUCUGUCAAAUUUGGAUUCGAAUUAUUUUGAUACACACUGUAGUAUAGAGUAUAAAACCUUGGCUGUCCUUGCCUUGUUUAUAUUUUGCUGGCAAAUUACGAUUAUAUAAAAUAAUACAUUCCCCAUUGUGUUUAAUACACCAUAAUAAUACGAAGCUCUCUUUGGAGCUUUUAAGAUACAUUUGCCUGCCAACGUGUAUAACACGGGAAGGGGUCUAUUUACUUUUCCUAAGUCAUUUAUUAUAUUUAAUACUGCAAUAUUUAUAACUGUAGUACAGCCAUACAGGUGCAAAGCAUAAUAUAAUUUUGAACGGUCUUCGUCUACUAUUAAUUUCCAGACAAAAUCGAAGGGCCUUCGCUCGAAAUGCCGACGUUUUGCUUGUAUUUCCAGGCAGUUGAAUCGCUAUCCAUCUAUUGUAAAAAGUUUAUUGAAAGCAUGUAGCGCAGGCUAUAGUAAAUAUGGAACAAUUGACAUUUCAAGUCAUCAUUUAUACAAAACUAUUUCGAGUGGGCGGUGUUAAUAUGGAAUAUUAACUAAGUAGGCGGUAUCAAUUUACUAGGGCUUUCGGGCAGGCUCUACUUAUAAAAGAGCCGGCCACGCUGGCUAGUAUUCUAAAAGCUCACUCACACUCAAUGAGUGGAAGUUCAGUCUGAGCUUCUCUUGAGUGUCAUUGCUGUUUUUGAAUAGAUGGAGGAUGAGUAGUCACAGAGUAAAGUAUGACGCUAUCCCUCCAGCUAUUCAAAAACAGCAAUGACACUCAAGAGAAGCUUAGAUUGAACCUCCACUCAUUGAGUGUGAGUGUAAGUGAGCUUUUAGAAUACGGGCGAUAGUCUAGCUGAAUUGCAUUAAUUACGUAUAUACUCGCUUAGAACUUCGGCUGAAGUAACUCUUCCGGCACACAAUUAUACAUGCGUUUUUAUAGAUGAUAUUUGGAAGAUAUUUUAGUCUUACAUUUUAUCUCGCCGUGGCAAAUCAUAUGUAACAUUUUGUCAUGGACGGUGCCAUCUGUGCAAUUUUGAAUAUUCAAAUUGUAGCAAUGCUGUUUACAAGGCAGUUAUUGCAUGGAAGGAAAGUUUUGCCAUUGUAAAAUGUUUAGUUUGAUUCUCUUCGCAAGAAAUUUUUCUAUGAUCUAUGGAACGCUAUAAAUCGGAAAUUCGCGAUAAUUUCCGAGUAUUGUCGAAGUGAUUUUUUCUGAACCAGGAACCCUUUCCAGAACGCGUUCGGAAGGUCUCGCGGAACGCGUUCAGAACGCCUCCAUGCAGAACGUGUUCUGGAACGUGUUCAGAACGCGUUUUUCAUUAGGUUACUUCUGAGCAGUACUGUACACUAAACUCAAACAAAUCACUUGAACUGACCAAUUCCAUACAACCUUCAGCGACCGAUAUUUUCAUAUUAAUUCACCACAGCCUGUUAAAUUUGCAUUCAAAAGAUUCGCAAUGCAUAGUUCCUGCCACUAAAGUCUGAUCGAACGGGAUUCGAUGUAGUAAAAGCACCAAAACAGUAAAAAAACUUGAUUUCGUAAUACUAGCUAUAGGUUUUUUGCCCGGUUGAGCCGCCAUCUUGGAUCUAUCGCACAGGUGACGCCACCCCGCAUGUAUGAGUUGGCAAUCUAGUUCUUCUGUAUAUAUAUGCAGAAGACGCACAAGAGUCCAUACGGAAACCAUUUAAGGUGGCUCCCUACAGUUAUUCUUGUUUAAGCAAUAAUUCCGUAAAACAGGCUUAUUCGUGCAGAACGCGAAUUCGUUUCGACUUGGUGGCAAUAUUGGUCACCUAUGGAAUAUUUCGAACUAGAUUUCGACGAUGUCAAUGUUCCCAUGGCAACAUGACGACAGCAUAAAGCCUUCCAAUUUAACCCAUAAAUGUGCUGUUAUCUCAAAAACGAUGUCGGUGACCUAUCUUUUUUAUUUCACAUACCAAUAAGGAUGUUUGGCGUUUUUUUCGACUAGUAACUAUGGUUCACCUAAUUGCUAUUGGUCUGAUAAUUUUGCCUGGAAUAGGAGAUGUCAAUGUUACAAGUCUCUAGUGCUAUACAUACUGUGUAAAACGUUUUUAAGUCUCAAUACAUGUAUGUUUGGCUUUCGAAACUAACUUAGUUACGUACAACAAAGUUUGCUAACUACAAACAAUCCUUUUUGUAUAAGUUAGAAUCUCGUAUCUAACUACUUAAUAAUAAGUGUAAUUAAUUAAUAGCAUAUUUUUAAAUCUAUAUAGAAACGUUACCCAAGCCAUAUGUUCCAAGCGCUGUUCCCUUGUUUACUGGUAGAGAAGAUGAAAUUGAACAAAUUACAAACCUUAUAACUGGUCAAUCAACACGACUGUUAAACAUCUGGGGAUCUCCUGGAUUUGGUAAAACAUCCACAGCUAUUGAAGUAGCACGUCAUCUUUUGUCUCUCACCUGCCCUGUGUAUUUUUAUAAAUUGCAGGGUAUUAGAACAGCAGAUGAAUUUUUAUCUAAAAUUUUAAGUAUUUUUAAGACUAAUUUAGCUGAUCUUAGUUUAACACCUAUUGACAAGCUAGUAAGUAUUCUUAGAGAAAUUUCGUCUCAAAUUUUUCUUAUACUUGAUAACCUUGAUGUCAUGAUCUUCUGUCAAGUGAAAGCAGUUCCGUUAACUUGCGGGUUUAUUUGGACAAUUGUUAGACAGUAA